UCAAAAAACUUGUUUCAGGCUCCGGUAUCCAUAGAUUGGCUUGUGUAUGAAAACGUAUUAGUCCUCCUGGAAUAAAAUAGUAAAGGAUAAAUUUUCUGUACUAAGCACCUUCAGAAAACAUUUUUUUCUCUGCAUAAAACAGGAGUCUGAACUAUUUCAAUUCUUGAUCAAACACCAAAGUAGAGGGAUCCAUAUAGCAGCAAAUUGCGACUUACCCUGGAAAAUUAGAUUUAAUUUUUGGAGAAACACAUGUUAUCUUUAAAGCCAAUAAAUCUUGGAAAGGCAGGCUCCUAGCAGUGAAGAAGCCGUGCCAUCGAGUCUGUUUCUGCCAUUUACUGGGGAACCACCCUAGAAAAAGCACUCACCCUUAGUUCUCUCAGGUUUUCAACACAGAUAAGAUGGCGCCAGUCUCAGAGAGCUGUGAGAAAAUGCAAGGAAGUGCUUAGGCCAUGGAAGACACUCAUAUACAGUGGCUCUUUACCACCCCCAUCUUGCCAGUGAGGAAGUGGCUAACACACCCAAGCUGUGUUUGCCCACACUAGGGAACAGGACGUGCAUUAGACAUGCAAGGUAAGAGUUAAGAGGCCUCUUCAUCCCACAGGUAGAGUGCAAUGGAAAGAGCUAAUGGCAGCACCUUCUCUGGAUUCAUUCUCCUGGGCUUCUCCAACAGACCCCAGCUGGAGACAGCCCUCUUUGUGGCCAUCCUGGUGGUCUACUUCUUGAGUGUUCUAGGCAACAGCACCAUCAUCAUCCUGUCGAUUGUGGAUGCUCGCCUUCACACCCCUAUGUAUUUCUUCCUGUCCAAUCUCUCUUUCAUGGAUCUUUGUUUGACUACUUGCACUGUCCCGCAGACCCUGGUCAACUUCAGGGGGAGGGACAAGACCAUCACCUACGGUGGCUGCGUGACCCAGCUCUUCAUUGCCCUGGGCCUUGGGGGAGUCGAGUGCGUGCUCUUGUCGGUCAUGGCGUAUGACCGCUAUGCAGCCGUCUGCCGCCCUCUCCACUACCUGGUGAUCGUGCAUCCCCAGCUUUGCUUGCAGCUGGUUGUGACUGCUUGGCUUACGGGUUUCGGCAAUUCUGUGGUGCAGACGGCACUGACCAUGACUCUUCCACUCUGUGGUAGGAACCAAGUGGACCACUUCUUCUGUGAGGUUCCGGUGAUGCUGAAACUGGCCUGCACCGACACUGCCAUCAACGAGGCUGAACUCUUUGCCGUCAGCGUCGUCUUCUUGGUGGUGCCCCUGUCACUCAUCUUGGUGUCCUACGGCCACAUUGCUCGUGCAGUCCUGAAGAUGAAGUCAGCCCAGGGGAGGCGCAAGGCUUUUGGGACCUGUGGCUCUCACCUGCUGGUGGUGGUCAUUUUCUUUGGAACACUCAUCUCCAUGUACCUCCAGCCUCCCUCUAGUUAUUCACAGGAUGUGAACAAAAGCAUUGCACUGUUCUAUACCCUGGUGACGCCUCUGCUGAAUCCGCUGAUUUACACUCUGAGGAACAAGGAGGUCAAAGGGGCGCUAAGGAGACUCGUGGGGAGAAUGCCAGACUCAAGAAAGGGUCAGUAAUCAGGGCUUGCGCCCCAAAGACCAUUUUUAACUUAAUUCCACAAGCCUUUGGAAGCACUCACCAUGUACUAGGCACUGUUUUGGAUACUUGGUUUAUAUGCUGGUAUGAUAUAUGUACUUGAGAUAUAUAAAUCAGGAUGGAAAGAAAGAGGGACCUCUGUCCUCAUGGAGCUAAGACUUCUUAGGGAGAGAAUAUAAGUAAGAUCAGCAAAGGGUUAAUUUUGGCAUGUUAUGUAUUAAAAUGCCACACAAUGAUGAGAAUAAGCAAGUCAUAAGUACACACAGCAACAUGGACGUUUCCCACAAACACAACGUUGAGACAAAGAAGCCAGGCACAAACCAGGCCUCACUAUGCUUCCUUUACGUAAAAUACAAAACCAGGUAAAACUAAUCUGUGGUGUUGGAAAUCAGAAGAGUUUUUCCCCUAGAGCUUGGC